AUGAGUCCGGAGAGAACGCCAUUGUUGCCGUUGACCAAACCAAAACCUCACCAAGAGACAGCAAGCGUUUCUUCCAAAGCUGAAGAUCAUAAACUCACCACUUUUGGUGGUGUUUUCAUCCCCACAACGUUAAAUGUGUUGUCGAUCUUGAUGUUUCUUCGAUUCGGCUUCAUACUUGGCCAGAUGGGGAUUCUGGGUUGUCUGUUGCUGCUAGUAAUGAGUUACACAAUCGACUUGCUAACAACUGUUUCCAUUUCUGCAAUUGCAACUAAUGGAACUGUAAGAGGUGGUGGUGCUUAUUAUAUGAUAAGUCGUUCGUUGGGUGUUGAGUUCGGCGGUGCAAUUGGAUUUAUCUUCUUCAUCGGACAAGUUUUGAAUAGUUCACUGAAUGUUGCUGGUUUCAUAGAACCUCUGAUGGUAAAUUUCAACACUGAAUCUGGACUGCUAGGUUCUUUUUUACCUCCUGGAAAAUGGUUCGAAUUUGCCUAUUGCUCGCUCUUCUUGUUAAUCUGUACCUGUGUGGCAUUGAUUGGAUCCAGUUCCGUCUCAAAAGCAGGUACGUUUUUAUGUUUUGCGUUGUUGAUUGCUACCAUCUCUGUACCCGUCUCAACAUUAUUUGUUCAACCUUUUGAGGUGCCAUCAAUGAACUCCUUUUAUUCGGGGCCCUCAUUGACGACCGCAAAGGCUAACAUGUUUCCUCAUUUCACCAAAGGUGCUGCUGGAUCUCAGAUAAAAGGCAGAGAAACAUUUAAUGAUCUUUUUGGAAUUUUUUUUCCAGCUACUGCAGGGAUUUUUGCAGGUGCUUCUAUGAGUGGAGAUUUGAAAAGACCGUCUUAUUCUAUACCAAGGGGCACAUUGUGGGGUCUUGCAAUUACGUUUGUUUGCUAUGCAUCAGUAAUCAUAGCGAUGGGCGUUUCCAUUCCAAGAGAUUUGCUCCACAAAGAUAUUCAGGUCAUUCAAACAGUAAGCAUGUCAAAACCCUUGAUUAUCCUAGGAGAAUUAUCCACUUCACUAUUUUCCGUCAUUGUGGGAAUUGUGGGUGCUGCAAAAGUACUACAAGCUAUUGCCAGAGACAAAAUCUUUCCUGGGAUUUCACUAUUUGCUAAGGGACAUAAGAAAACCGAUGAUCCUACUAUUGGUAUUUUAUUCACAUGGGUCCUGACGCAACUUUUUCUUUUUGCUGAUAUCAAUAGGAUUGCAACGUUUAUUACCAUGGCUUUCCUGAUGACUUUUAUAGUCACCAACAUAGCUUGUUUGUUGUUGAAAAUUGGUUCUGCACCCAAUUUCCGUCCAAGUUUUAAAUACUUCAACACUGCAACUGCCUUUUUUGGCGCUGUUGCUUGCUUUUUGGCUAUGUUCAUUGUUGAUGGUCUAUCUGCAUGUCUGAUUUUGAUCUUUUUACUAUUUCUGAUCCUAUUCAUACAUUAUACAUCACCUCCGAAGCAAUGGGGUGAUGUGUCUCAAUCUCUAAUUUAUCAUCAAGUGAGAAAAUAUUUGCUGAGACUGCGACAGGACAAUGUCAAGUAUUGGAGGCCACAAGUUUUAUUGCUGAUUGACAACCCUAGGACCUCUUGGAACUUAAUUCAAUUUUGUAAUAGCCUGAAAAAAGGAGGCCUCUACAUUUUAGGGCAUGUCAUUAUUACGGAGACUUUCCAAGAUAGAUACAGAGAAUUGAAGCGUCAAAAACUAAAAUGGACCCAAUUUCGUGAUUUUGCAUCCUUGAAAGCUUUUGUUCAAAUCGGUAUAGGUCCUAACUUAGCCUGGGGCGUCAGAAAUGUGUUUCUGGGAUCUGGACUUGGAGGAAUGAAACCGAAUAUUACAGUAUUGGGGUUUUUUGAUCUGAGUACUUAUGCUCAACAACAUCCUGAUGCUUUGAGAACUUCGAGUAAAAGUUAUGAGCGUAAUAACUAUGAGUAUAAUCAUCAACUGCCCGAUCACAUCCAGAGUUUGCCUACUGAUUCGUGCAAAGCUGAGCAGAGAGUCAAUAUAACAGAAUGGGUUAGGAUAAUCGAAGACCUAAUCAUUUUAGAAAGCAAUGUAGCUGUUGCAAAAGGGUUCCCAAGGCUUGAAAUACCCGAAAAGAAUUCACCCGAGAAGUCAUCACAGGAGAAAACCUUCAUUGAUUUGUAUCCCAUCCAAAUGAGCGCUCAAGUCACGAACAAGCAGACUUCUAAAAGUGCUUUAACUACCAACUUCGAUACAUAUACAUUGAUCCUACAGCUCGGAGCCAUUUUGAACACAGUCCCUCAAUGGAAAAGGUCACAUAAAUUGAGAGUAGUAGUGUUUGUUGAAUACCAGGAAGAUGUCGAAGAUGAAAAACAUAGACUAACUCUUCUCUUGGAAGCUUUAAGGAUACAGGCCCAGAUUAAAAUUUUGGUACUAAGUGAUGGUAAAUACAAAGUGUAUGAAUACAUCACCAAAGGUACAAUAACGGACGCAAGGAUUAUGGAAUCAAUUUCAGAAGCGUUGAGUAAAGAUGACUGGUGGAGCUCGGUAUUAGAAGCAAGAAAGCACCGGAGCAUGACCCGUAACCUUGUGGCCCUCAACAAAACCGUUACUAUUCCGUUUUCAAGAAUGACCAAGAGACGGUUGACAAUGUCAAACCUGCAAACUAUGGGUGUCUCAAUGAGCAUGAAAACAAACAAUCUGCCUGGACCAGAAAUUUCCCAAUUAGAAUAUUCAGAUGACGAUGACUACUAUAGUGAAGACGAUAUGUCACUGUAUUCUAACGCUAUACUGCCAAAUGCCUCCACUGUUCCUGAUAUUCCCAAUGGAGCUGGGCCAAAAGGUUUUAACGAGAGCUCUAGAAAUAUGUCGUCUGCAGCCGCUCUCCAUAGGAUGAAAGGCCCUGGCUCAGAAAGUUCAACAGCAAUUCGUAAUCACUCAAAGCCCGACGGAGUCAUGUUGAAGCCUAAACUAUCUAAGUAUGGAUCAACAUCGUCAAUCCAAAGUGGAACAAUCACACCCAAAAAACCUAUCAAGUCUGCAGCGUUCACUGCCAGUAGGAUUCCUGCAGCACAUGUGGUGGAAGAUGCUGAGGGUGAAGAGCCAUCGAUUAUGUUUGUUCCUGAAACUGAAACAAACAAGCCAAAACAACUAGCAGUGAGAGCCCCUACGACCAGACUCAAACCCCCUAGCGUGAAUAGAUCCCAUGACGAUUCUUCAGGAAAGGACACGACUGAAGUCAGCGAGGAAGAUCAGGAAUCUAACUCAGCACAAGAGUUGGAGUUUGAUGAAGAUAUACACUUCUCGUUCAAUGAGAUAACCACAAAAGCUCAACAUUUGAUACUUAAUGAGAUAAUGAAAAAGAUUUCCUUGAAUAGUUCUGUCAUUUUUUCGACCUUACCUACCCCAGAAAUUGGAUGUCAUAAUUCCGAGGCUGAUUCAUUAGAGUACGUACAAAGUUUGGAUGUUUGGUGUGACGGUCUACCUCCCAUUUUGUUGAUUAAUGCCCAGACUAUGACUGUCACCACAGCUUUAUAA